UUUGCUGGGAAAAGAGAAGGAGUUUUUGUUGCGUGCUGGGUGGGGGUCCUGAGAGGUGAGGUGGCUCCGACUUCCGGACCCGGAAGCUGGAGUUGAGUCACGGUCUCUGCGUGAGAUGGAGACUGGCGCCGGGCUCGCUUAAGGAAUAAGAUGAGAUAAUCACACUGGCCGCAGGACUAAACAGUAACGGUGUCACGAACAGCGAGCGCUGGGUCUUUAUUCGUGAUAGACAAAGGGCCUCAACAUCACUUCGUUGCUCAAAAUGAUGGAAGAAAUCGAUCGGUUCCAAGUCCCUACCGCCCGGUCCGAAAUCCAGCCGCUGGAUCCCACCGCUACCUCCAUCUCUGAAGGCGAGUGUGACAUCCAAGAGGGCGAGACUGUGGCAAUGAAUUACAAGCCAUCCCCACUGCAGAUGAAAAUUGAGAAACAAAGAGAGCUAGCCAGGAAAGGCUCAUUGAAGAAUGGUAAUGUUGGAAGCCCUGUCAACCAGCAACCAAAAAAGAAUAAUGUGAUGGCACGGACAAGGUUGGUUGUACCAAAUAAAGGAUAUUCUUCCCUAGACCAAAGCCCAGAUGAAAAACCUUUGGUUGCUCUGGACACUGAUAGUGAUGAUGACUUUGAUGUGUCACGGUACUCGUCGUCAGGCUAUUCUUCAGCUGAGAUUAACCAAGACUUAAAUAUCCAGCUCCUGAAAGAUGGAUAUCGAUUAGAUGAAAUUCCAGAUGAUGAAGACUUGGAUCUUAUUCCCCCCAAAUCAGUAAAUCCGACCUGCAUGUGUUGCCAAGCCACUUCCACCACCUGCAAUGUUCAAUAAUGUGACUGGCACGUUCCACUGUAAUCGUAAAACUAACAGCCAUUGCUUCCUCCUAUGGUAGGACAUGCACUUUGUGUCCGUGUUACAAAAAAAAGCAGACCAUCAUUGUGGCAUUCAUAAGUGGAUGUGAAUGCAGUGUUGAAUUUGUGUGUAAUAGAAGAUGACAAUUAAUCCUACUGCUUGGCAGUGGUUGUAUUGUGUAACCCUGAUUAUUUUUUUCUCCCUGCUUAAGAACGAGGGUGGGGGGAGGGAAGAAAUUGAAUAUUGCUUCAAGCAUGAAUUUAAAGCUCUGAGUAGAAUGGAAAGCAAAAUCCAACUGUUCUUGAGUCUACUUAAAGUUUAGCCGUCCGUUAUUUGAAGGGUAUUACUACUUCCUUACCAUUGUACUUGGAGCCAGUGAUAUCUAACCUAAAAUUAGUCAACCAUUUUCUUUAAACAAUCACAUUGCCUCUAUUUCAGCUUAAUACUUAGAGGUUUAUGACUCUUGCAUUAACAUUUAGAAUUUGAUAACAUUAGCUCAUUUGUUGCGGGAAAUUUUGAAAACUUACUCAAAGUUUCCAAGCUAAAACCAAAGUACCCAUUUUUUUAUGGUGUACUCUUAGUUGCAUAGAUGGGUCUUGGACCAUAAUUGUAUAUAUUGUUUUGCUUUAUUUGAAAUCCUCUUCUUAACACAUAUGAAAAGGUCAAGGUUUCAUUUCUGUAUAUGGGUCAUUAAUUGUUAGGAAAAUCAUGCAAGAAAGGUACAUCUUUUAGGUUCAGGGUACUUGUUACAGAAAGCACUUUGGUUAGGAGGAAGUUAGAGUGGAAUGCAGUGUGCAUAAUGCUGCUUGAAGGUAACGUGUUCCGACAGCACCUGCCAAAUCCACGGCCCCUACCUCUUUAAGGGGCAUGGGAUUCAAGUGCAUGGGGACACUGCCACCUGUACGUGUACAUCCAUGUCACGCACCACUCUGAUUAUGGGAAAUGUAUCACUUUUCCAUUAUCAUUGGGAUUAAAUCCUGGAACAACCUAUCCAGCAGCUUUGUGGGAGUUUCUGCACCACAGGGACUGCAAUAGUUCAUUAAGGUUACCCAAGGACAUAAAUGUACAAGGAAUAAAUGCUAUUGCCCAAAACUGAAUAAUUUUUUAAAAAGGUUUUGGCCUUUCAGUUAAAAUUGUCAAGGUAAAUUCUGUUGUAAGUGAAUAAUUUGUUGCAGGUUUACUUGUAAAUAUCAAAAAUGGGUAAAAGUGCAAAAGGCAAUGUGUAUAUAUAGGACUAGUGAAAUCAAGCUGGGAGUAUUUUUAGAAUUCUGUAUGUAAAGAAAAAAAUAGAAGUUACAGGGAUGGUUGGUUAUAGUAGUAAAAAGAUGGUCUGAGCUUUUAUCUCUUAGAAUUUCGGGAAUAUUGACUUGAGGAAUCUGCUUUAGGGUCUAUAUUCUGGUAGUUUAUAACCAACAUUUCAUUGAUAAAGUAAACUUGCACUAGGCUAGUGAGGUUCUAAUCAUUGCAGAAUAUGUUCCCGAUGAGGAUGAAGUCUUUAACUUAAAGAACCCCCCUGUCUGACUCUUGAGAAUGGGUUUGCUGGUAGCUUAAUGAGCUGCAAACAUAGUUUGGAAGUUGCAUUUAGUUAAAUGAGAAGGUUCUAUUAUCAACUAAUGUCAUUACUCAUAUUUCAUUUGACGAGGCACCUCCCUGACAAAACAUAGAAAUCCUCCAACAAGCAACAAAGCCAAGGGCUGGACAAGUACAAAUGUUUGUAAUGACAGCAAAUUAAAAUCUGACCCCACAAGAUGAUUUAGUGCUCCGACUAUGAAAACAUUAGGGACAUAUUGGGGGGGGGGGCGGGGGUGGAAUACCUACCCAGAACUAAAGCAUAAGUACGAAAGAUUCCUAAUGUUAAGAGUUUACAGAUUUCAUUUAAGUGCAAAUAUUUCAGUCAGAAUAUUUGAGCAGAGAGUAUAGUCUAAAGCAUCUCUCAACAAAAACUCAUGGUUGCUAGCCACUUUAAUAUAUUUAUGUAUAGGUAUUUACGUAAAGAAACUAAGCAUUAAUAUAUAUUUGCCUCUAUUUUGGGUGGACCAUAAUUGGUUUAAUAAUGUGCUUCUACCCAGCUUAGGUGGAUACUAGUACAAAGAGUAAUUCACAAUGUUUGUUAACACUAGAAUAAAGAAACUUUGGUACAUUUGUUUAUGGUACAUGAACCGAUACAAUUUGUGCAAAUUAAUAGGUAGUUUAGAGAAGUUGUUUGCAUUCUGAUUGUUGUCUCCCAGUGCAUCAAGUACUGAUUAUUAAUAGAUAUAGUUCCCUCACCCCACCUUUCCCUUUCAAGAUAUUUCUGAGAAAUGAAUUAUGCUAAUUGUUGUUUCAAUAUCACAAUGUUGUGUUGUGUAUGUUCUGGUAUGCACGUGUCCUGCGCUAACACUCCAUGCAAACAGACUGACUUGUCUAAAUGACUUGGUCUUUGCCUUCCAGGCCAAUGCUGCUCUUUAUUAAAGCUUCUGGUUAACAGAACACCUUAUUCCAAUAAAUGUGAUCCUGUUGCACUACGAUCAUUUUAAUAUACAAUUGUUCACCAUGUGUUGGAUUUUGGUCUAGUCUUGUGAUCUUACUGAAAUAUCAAAGAAUGUCUGAGGAACACAUUUUUAUCUUGGCAACAUAAUUUAGACCACUUCAAAUUAAACUCGCCUUUUAAAACGUUCUACCUUGUGAAAUAUAAAUGUUGAAAAUCUGAAAUUAGACUAAUUGUGAAAAUGUAGAUCCUUUUUGUAUCCAAUUAAUAGUUACUGUUUUAGUGUUAAAAGGUCUUGCCCUAAAAGAUUACCCCUUUCUCUUUAAUAGAAAUUGCAUCAGAGUGGGGCACUUGAACUCUGGUGCAAUCUGGAUUCUUUUUAACAUUAAACUCAUUCUAUUGCCUUUUUACAUAUCCUGUUAUUCUUUUCAAAUGCAUGUCCAUUUCCCUAACUAUUAUCCUCAUCAAAACUACGUUGAGACAAUUCAAGAUUAAUACUCUUUGCAUGAAAAGAAUUUUGAUUUUCCUGUCAUUCUUUCCAUGAGAAUCCAUCUCUGAGGCCAACUAUAACUAUACAUGUACCAUCCCUCAAAGAAGUUCUAAUUUUUGUAAUUCAACUAAACUUUUACAUUUCUAAUAAAUUUUCAGAUUUUGUGGCACUUUUUAUAAAGCUAGUGGAUUCUACUUCCCCAUUGUUUUUGAAAUAGGCAUUUUCGUUAAAUCCUUUUGUUAAAAUCAAUUAAUCAUUACAAAUUUCUGCUUUUUAGUUCAUUCCUCAUCCAUGCUGUUGCAUUACUUUCUAAAAUUUUAAAGCCUUUAAUACUGAAAGCUUCUACUUUUUCCCCCUUUUGGCAGAGGUUUCAUUUUUGCAAGUCUUUUUCAAUAAAAUAACAUUCCUAUUAACUGUUUUGGCAUGAUUCCUUUGAGCUGGCAUUACAGAAUCAAUGGUAAAUGACCAAAUUGUUAAUAGCAACACUGCCGAAUUGUAUUCUUGUUACCUAGAUUCCCACUUUGUCUGUCAGCAUGUUUACAUUGAUACUUGAGUACCAGAUCUAUUUUCUUACUCCUUUCUACCCUGUUUUCAAAAUCCCAUGUUCUUGUUUCAUAUAAUUAUACAAUACUUUUUCAGCUCAAUAGCUGUCAGAAGUGAGCUACUUCCUUUCGAGACACAUUAUUGUCAGUGUUGAAAUGGAUGCUUUAAGCUAUCAAUCUUCACUUCAAUACUUGAGUGGUAAAUUGUGCUUGGAUGAAUAAUCCCACUUUAUAUUUGGUGCUACUCACAGCUUUCACUGAGAUCUAUCAAAAUAUUCUGGUUGGCAACCCAACUACUCCAUCGUCCUUAACAUCUACUACGUGUAUUAGGAGUAAUCUACCAAUGUCCUACCAAUCACAUUCAUCCAUUCACCUCUCUCUCUCUGAUGUUGCCAAUGAAUUAGUAUAUUGGGAAAAAUCUUGCCAAUGUCCUACAAUCACAUUCAUUCACUUCUUCUCACUCUCAAUGUUGCCAAUGAAUUAAUAAUAUUAUUCUCUAUAUUUCCUGAAUCUUCAUCUACUUACCAAGUAUCCAGAACUGGAUUGGCAAUGAUUUGUGGGCAUUAUUAUUUAUCCAAUGGGAGACAACAAGAGCUUAUGAAGUACCCAAUCUGGCUAUAAUCUGUCGCCACCUGUUCUAUUCACUGGUGGCUCUCACAGUAAAAUUGUACCUUGGCCUCAUCCCUUUCUCCCCCUUGGAAGCACUUGCUUUACACCUUUCAACUUCAUCCAUCAUUUACACAACUCUAAAAUCCUUGUUUAUUCCCCCAUGGCUUGAGCUUCAUGGAUGCUUAACUGGAUACGCUAAUGACCUUUUGCACUAGCCUUUAAUUGAGCAGUCGUCUUCACCCUUUGUCCUCCCUCUUGCACUCCCUGCCCAGAAAUCCAUCUUUCAUUGAACUUUUUACACAUAGAAGGUUCCCUUAUUCUUUGUUAUUUAAAUGUGUCUUCAUGUUGUAUUAAUGAAUAUUGACUAAGCAUUCUUGAAUCACUUGGUUUCAACUUUGACCCACUUUCCAACCCAGAGAGGCACCAUCCACUCCCCAUCACCAACAACUACACUUUCAUUUAUUAGCUGCCAACCUACUUAGCCAGUCCUCAUUUCCAGAAAAAUCUAUCUUUUUAUUUCUUUUUUAGUUCCCCUCAUAUCAAUGGGCUGCACUGUUGAAUGUAAUGUGCAUCUUAUUCAAUUUCAAACUGAAUUUGUGACCCAUUAACACUUGCCAUUAGGAAGCAAAGCUUUGUUCUACUCUCGUAUGCCAGUCCUAACCCUGCUACUUCUCUGAUUACUUGUCUUCUCAAUACUUCUGUAAAGGAAGCUCUCAUUGAUACUUUUACAUCUAGCCUUAUCCAUUCCAGUGUUCUCCUGUCUAGAGCAUUGCCUCCAUAAACUUCAUUUAUCCAAAACAUUAUAUUGUCCAUUUCCCAUCCAAAGUUUUGCGCAGGUAUUUACACUAUUACCACCGUUGAUCCACUAAUUACCCUAUUUAAAAUUUUUGUCCUUGUGUUUUAAUCAUCCCUGUUGUCAUUCCAUUUGCUGAGGCCAACAACACUUUUUGUCUGCCCUUUACUUCGUGGAUUGUUUCUUAACACUUCUCCCUUUACCCUCUUUAAUUCACUAUUUGUCUUCCCUUUUUUAUGAUUUUCUUUAAAAUCCAACUAUUUGACUAAGCUCUGUCCUAAGAUCUCCAGUGGCUUGAAGUUUGUUAUUUGACAUUCUUACUGAGACAUGCCUUUCAGGGCAUUAUUACAGUUCUGCCACUUUUUUGAAAUGUUGUAUUCAUUGGAAAUGGGAUAUUUUAUUUCUUGCGAUACACCAUUUCUCCAACUACAAAACUUAUUUCUGUCUUAUAUGGUAUUCCUGUCUAUAUAAAAAAAAGUUCAUCCCUCAUCCUUUGUUCUAAUAAUAACCUUCUGUACUAGGCAUGUUUCUUUCCACUGUUUCUUUUCUUAAUAGUUUAACAGUAUUCACAAAUUAGUUAUAUCUGCUGCUACAUCGCUUCCGUUAUCUUUUGCUUCAAUUCUUGUUGGCAGCAACUAAUUAUAUGCAUUGUGCCUUGGGAUAUUGACUUUAGAUUGAACAUUCAAGGAGAAAUUUGAAACAAACCAGCUGUCAUUUACUCCAGAAUUAAAUGUUUUAGGAUAAAAUAGCACUUUUUAAUCUACUCCUACAAUAUUGGAGAUGUAUGAAGGCCCACAUAAAAUUCACAGUUUGCAGUAGGUGCUGAAAUUGCAAGUACUUUAGUGUGACCCGUGAUUUCUAUAUUUACCAAGGGCCUAAUGUGCAAAAUAUUUAAAAAGAAGUUUAAGUUAACAGAAGGAAGGCUUGUUGUACUUGUCGCAGAUUUUAAUGCCCAGGACCUUAAUUGCUGGUUUAAAUCUAAUGGGUAAGAAUCUUUCAGAACAACUCCACUCCAAAGCAUAGUGCCACAGUGUUCCAUGCUCUAAUUGAUAAUAUUACUAUACUCUUUGAUAUUCAAACUUGCAUUUGUUGUACAAUGAGUUAAUGGCCAAUUUUAUGGAGUCAGUCUACUUAAAGGAUGUGCCAAAAUUGAGGCUUGCAGUGUGAAACAAAUUUCUCAUCAAAUUUAAAUGCCUCUAUGGCGAGCAUUGGACUCAGAGUCUGAAAUGCUGCAGUUCCAACAGUGUGUGAAAGGAGUUAUUGUUGAGGUGUAGAUUUUUGCCGUUCACUCUGUUCCCUUUUAAAACACUCGUGAAUAUGCUGUCUGUUGCUAGAAAAUUCUGUUUAUUUCAGAGUUUCAGCAGUUUAUAAUGAAUAUCUACAAAUGUUUAAACAAAAGCCCUUUUGUUUUGGCAUUUUACAGAAAUCUAACACAGAACAGCCAAGAAUCUAUGAUUAUAAAUUCUAUAAAAAAAUUGUAAAUAAGUUGUGAAAUUUUAAAUCCCAGAGAAACAAUGAUUUGGAAAAGUGAACAGCUCCUUACAAAGUCCUGGAAAUUUGGGCUGCUUCUGUGUAAGUGAACUAACCUGAGAUUUUUGAUCAAUAAUUUGUCUAACAUGCAUUUGUCACCCUCCAUGACAUAAAUAAAUGAAAAUUUAUUGCUUAUUUUUUGACUAAAUUGGAGAUUUGUUACAGGUUAUGACAGUUUGUGCUAGAGAAAUGAAUUGGCUGCAUCAGAGUAUGUUCCCUUUUGAGUUUUCAAUUCACUUAAAAAAUACCUUUCUAUGAUAAACCAGUCACAAAAAUUAGCCUGACUGUUAACAGCUGCGUGAUUUUGCUAUUGAUAGGACGAGGCAAGAAAACAAUUGUAUCACUACCAUCGUGACUAUAUUUUUAAAAUAGCCUAGUUUCAAAAACUGUUAAAUUAAAAAUCUGAAGUCUGAGUAGCCUUUGUGUGCAUUGUUUGAAGAUAUGUGGUUAAUGUUAAUUGAAACAUCACAAGUUUAAGCUGUGAAUCCCACAUAUGGUGGCCAUAGUUUGUUUACAUUUGCUUCAGAAUAUCCUGUUUGGAAGGGAAGGCAUUUGGUUUCUGCUUUCCAAGCACUUUUUGAAAGUUCAUCAUUGAAUUUGCAUUAAACUUGUUUUGUUUCUGCAACUAGAUGAUGCCUUAAAUGUUUAGUUCAAUAUAACUUUUAUUUAUUAUCAAGUGUUAUGAAAUACAGUAAUUUAUUUGACUUUUGAAAAUAGGAAUGUCUAUACUUUUUUAACAUUUACAAUGCAGUAUUUGACAUGGAUCAUUGUCAUUGUAGUGUAACAUAUCAAUAAAGGUGUACAUGUGUAACCUUAGUAUAACUGGUUCUUUUAUGAUGUCUGAUUAUCUGCAAUGUACCUCUGUACUAUAAUGAAAAUUAAACG